AUGUUAUUUAAAGUGUGGAUUGUGUUUGUCGUGGUUUCGCUGAUAUUAAAAUGCGAUGGCAUCGCCGAAAGUGCACAAUGCAGCGACUGUACGGAUUUCAAGCAAUGCCCAGGCAUACAAGAUUUUAUCUCAAAGAAAGCAAGUGAUUCGAUGAAGAGAUUCCGCGAUGCUAUCUGCUAUUUUGAUCGACAGAACCCUCGUAGUUACGGUGUAAAGGUAUGUUGUUCCAUGUUGCAAGAAGUCGAGAACAGACCAACUCCACAGCAAAUCGAUCUUCUACCAGACCGAUGCGGUGAAAUAAAUCAAGACAGAAUUAUAGGCACAGAAAAAGUUUUGCCGUUUGACUUCACUUGGUUGGCUGUCUUCAAUACUACUAGAACACCUAAAAGCCACUGCACUGGAAGUAUCAUAAACUCCAAGUACAUAUUGACGGCUGCUGAUUGCGUAAAAGACGUUGAAGUGAGGACAGUUCGGGUGGGCGAAUAUGACCUCAACACAGACCUGGACUGUAUAGGCUAUGGUCCCGAAAUUGAUUGUUCUCAUCAUACGGAUAUGGACGUCGAAGCGAUCAUCGUUCACGAAGGAUUUCAAUGGAAUAGCAGAGAACACAAUAUCGCGUUGAUUCGUCUCAAGAGUCCUAUUAAUUUCAAAGAUGACCUAGAUACCCUCUGCCUCCCAAAGGCGACUAAGAUCCAGGAGUUAUCAAUAACUAAUAAAAGGGGGUUGAUGGUCGGUUGGGGCAACCAUGAGUCUGUGCUGCUAAAAAGUUACAUCUCCGUUACCAAUGACACAUAUUGUGACAAUCACUACCCAAGGAGCGCAGCAUUAAGAAAACACACGUUGUGUGCCCUAAACAUGUCCAAAAACUCAAGUUGCAUGGACGCGGGGUCUCCCCUAAUAAUUCCGACAAAAUACGGCGAUUAUCCCCGAUAUGUUCAAUAUGGAAUACUCCAUUCAUCGAUUUGCAUCUCGCCUUUUAGGUUAUACACAGAUGUCGCUUCCUAUAUGGGCUGGAUCGCUCAAAAUUUACUUGAAUAA